UAAAGAAGGCCGUUGUUACACGUUACGCUUACGACCAUUCGAGAAAAAAUGGUAAACAUUAAAAUUGCGGGUAAAUUAAAUAGUGAUAAGACUUGAUUGUAGUGUGGUAGGUAAUGCAAAAAUGGUGGUUGAAAAAUCUGUAGUAAUUUUUUGUUUUCUACUUUAUAAUGUAAUAUCGUUUAAUGCAAAAGUAAAGGUUGAACAAGGAGUAAUAUUAGGAACUAAAGAAUUUACUGUAUUUAAUGAAAAACAAUACUAUGCGUUCUAUGGCGUACCCUACGCUCAAGCCCCAGUUGGAAAGCUAAGGUUUAAAGAUCCAAAACCUGUAAAGAAAUGGACACGGCCACUAGACGCAACUACCGAGUAUCGUGGUGCCUGUGCACAAGCUCAUAUUGUACAUAAACAUGGACAGUAUGGAUUCGAAAACUGUUUAUAUUUAAAUAUUUACACUCCAAAUUUACCUCAUCAAGAAAAGCAAACAUUAAAGGCAGUAAUCGUCUGGAUACACGGGUACGCUUUCACUUCUAGUUUCAGUCACAUACACGGAGGUGACUUUCUGAUUGAUAAUGAUGUUAUAGUCAUUUCUCUAACGCACAGGUUAGGUGCUUUAGGAUUUUUAAAACAUAAUAAAACAGAUUCCAAUGCCAAUAUGGGAAUUAAAGAUAUAGUCAUAGGUCUUAAAUGGAUCAAAAGAAAUAUUCGUUUCUUUAGUGGAGAUCAGAAGAAAAUAACUGUCAUGGGAAGUGGUUCUGCGAGCACUUUGCUAGCCUUAUUACUGGUGACCAAAUAUAGAAACUUAUUCACAAAAAUGAUUUUACAAAGUGGUUCAAUAUUUUCUCCGUCGAUAUUCCAAAAUGAUUAUGAAAUGGAGAAACAACGAUUAGAACAAGAAAUAAAGAAACUGGGUGUUAAAGAUUUGAACAGUGCUACAUCGAAAGAGAUUAUUCAAGCAUCUCAAAAGAUUUACAGUAGGAGAGAUGUAAUAAACUUUCAACGAUCUAUUGUCCCAUUUGGACCAAUAAUGGAGACAAAAUCGAACAAAUCGUUAUUAACGAUGGACAUGUACGACGAUAGGGCUUUAGAAAGCCUGAAUUUAAGUAAAAUACCCAUACUUAUAGGAUUCACAAGUCAGGAGGGCAUUUCUGAAGUAAUCCCUUUUAUUCACAACACCAACUAUUUGAAAUUAUUUCAUUCAUUUUUCAAGUUUAUGGUACCGUUCGAAGAUGGUUACAAAUAUGAAUACUCUUCUCGAGUAUAUAGACUCAUUUCAAAAGAAAUAAAAAGCUGGUACUUUCAACGUAGUGGUGUUACCGAGAAUUCAAUAGAUGACUUUUUAAAAUAUGUAUCAGACUUACAUAAAUAUCCGAUAUAUAAAUUCAUACAAUUAGUGCUAAGCUUAGGAAGUGAAAUAUAUGUUUACAAAUUUAACUAUCAGGGAAAAUUUAACGCGGUCAAAGCGACUUCUUUAGCUGGUUCUUACAUUAAAGUCAAAGGUGCAGCUCAAGGAGAUGAAAUAUGUUACAUUCUAAAGUGUGAUCCUCUUUGGGAGUCUUACGUAAAACUAAGAAAAAAUAAACAUAAUAAAGACAGAAUUUUUAUUGAAAAUAUUUCGCAAAUGUGGGCAAAUUUCGCCAAAAAAGGUAAACCGACCUCGAACAAAAAUUAUGGUAAUGUUACGUGGCGUCCGAUGACUUUAAAAGAGGAUAAUGUAUUCCUUUUCGCUAAACAUAACAAACUAAUCAAUUCUAAGCCCGAAAGAAAAAUGUUUUUAUUUUGGAAAAAAAUCUAUGAAAAAUAUUAUGAUCCGAAAAAGAGUCUAGGUCAAAAUAAAGAUGAGCUGUAAACUUUUAAAAAUAUUUGGCUGUAUUUUUGAGGCGUAAAUAUUAUGUAAAUAUUAGAUAUGUUAAUUAUUUAUCAUAUUAUUAUCUGCUUAUAAUUUGAGGAUAAAAUGUAUCAAGUUAAAGAGUGCUUUAUUACUGAGAUCAACUUGCACAGACCUUUUAAAUGUGUUAAGUUUUUUAACACUGUCCUUGUUUUGGAAACCUUGGAGAAACUUCCAAAGAAAAGAAUAUAUUAUAUAUAACAACCAAUCACAAAGGAAACUAUGUUUUCUAAUUGAAUUUCGAAUGUUUUUUGAAAACAUCUCUGAAAAUGGUUAACAUCCCACUCAGAUUUUUGCCUCCAUUACGUAUUACGUAACAGAGUGAGCGGUGUACUAACUUCUGUUCUCGGAUAGGAUAUCGACUGUUGAACACAUAGCACUCUUUUGCAUCAUGCAGUCGUGUAAAAAGUGACAGAAUUACAAAAUUUAACUGAAUUAGUUGAACGAGUUUUGUGCAAGUGGGUUUAUGUGUCCCGUUGUCAAUCGUUAAUGUUUGCUUUAUUUCUUGUUUUAAAACAAAACACAAUUUAAGUAAAGAC